GCACAAUAUUUGCUCUGGGAUCUGGGGCGGGCACCAGGCUGUGCGGCUCGGGAGCCACUCCAUGCUGCUUGACACACCAGAGCAGCACAGCGAGGCUUUGGAGAGGAGGAUCUCACCUUGGUCCCUCCAGCACCAUGUGUUGGGUCACCGUCCUCAUCGUGGCCGGGCUCUGCGGGGGCUGCCUGGGCCAGUACAAUGAGGAGGAGGACCUGGCAUGGCUGCAGUACUACCUGAGGCAGUCCCGCGUGGCCUCCUACAACUACAUGCCCUACUACGAGGAGGAGAGUCCCCCCUACGUGUACUCCUACCCCGCAGCGCCCGACACGGAGCCCGAGCCCGGCCCGGAGCCCCAGCAAGCGCCCUCCUGGCAGUGCCCCCAGGAGUGUGACUGUCCCCCCAACUUCUCCUCGGCCAUGUACUGCGACACCCGCAACCUGAGGUACCUGCCCUUUGUGCCCUCCCGCAUGAAGUACGUCUACUUCCAGAACAACCUCAUCACCGCCAUCCAGGAGGGCGCCUUCGACAACGCCACGGAGCUGGAGUGGCUGGCGCUGCACAACAACCAGAUCAGCAGCGAGAGGAUGGGCAAGAGGGUCUUCGGGAAGCUCAAGAACCUGGAGAGGCUGUACAUGAACAACAACAACCUGACCAAGCUGCCCAGCCCCCUGCCCCGCUCCCUGAGAGAGCUCCACCUGUCUUACAACCAGAUCUCCAAGGUGCCCUCCAACGCUCUGGAGGGCCUGGAGAACCUCACAGCCCUGUACCUCAGCCACAACUUCAUUUUUGAGAUGGGGGCUUCCCUCAAAGGGCUCAAGUCUUUGAUCCUCGCUGAUCUGAGCUACAACCACCUCAGAAAAGUCCCUGAUGGGCUCCCAAUGUCCUUGGAACAGCUUUACCUAGAGUACAACUACAUCAACACCAUCCCUGAUGACUAUUUCCAGGUGUCUCCCAGGCUGCUCUAUGUCCGGAUGUCCCACAACAGCCUGACAAACCAAGGCCUCUCCUCCAACACCUUCAACAGCAGCAGCAUCCUGGAGCUGGACCUCUCCUACAACCGGCUCCAGAAGAUCCCCCGGGUCAACACCAACCUCGAGAACCUCUACCUGCAGGGGAACCAAAUCAAUGAGUUCUCCAUCAGCAGUUUCUGCUCCGUGGUGGACGUCAUGAACUACUCCCGGCUCCAGGUCCUGCGGCUCGACGGGAACGAGAUCAAGCGGAACGCGGUGCCCCCCGACGCCCCCCUGUGCCUGCGCCGGGCCACCGUCAUCGAGAUCUGACCCCUCCCACCCUCAGGACUUGGCUCCCCCGACCCUGGGGAGACCCUCAGCCCGUCUCAGUGCAGCUUCUCAGCCUGACCUGGCUUCGCAGUAGUGCAAUCAGGGGGCUCCGUCAGCCGGAGCCUUUCGACCCCAAAUUCUUCCUCGUCCCAGAAUUCUUCCUCUUCCUGGCUCCCCAGCCACGCAGGGUGGGACAGAUGCCAGCAGCAAUCCCCCUCUGACCCCACCACAGCCACCCCACACACACCUUCUCCCCUGGGUUGGGUGGGAUGCAGUGGGGACGGGGCUCAUCCCACCUCUCAAACCUGGCCCUGAGCAUCCCACCCCCAUGGGGAGGGUUCGGGGAGGGGGGGUCCUGCAGAACCAGCAGAUCUGAAUCCCCUGGCCACGGGAGAAGCAUCCAGGAGGUUGGGAGCUGCAGGAGCAAAGGGUUAAAACAUCAGUCUGAAGCAUCCCUCGGUCUGGGAUGAGGAAGAACAAAUCCACUCCUUCCCCUCCAUUUCCCCCCUCUUCCAUCAGCCUCCUGCUCCAGAAUUAAAAGAGAGGAACCUUUCCUGCUGCUGGAGUCAGAGAGAAACCCCCUGAGGAACAGCCUGGUUACAGGUCUCAAAUCUUCCUUCCAGCCCACCGGCUCAGGGCAGGAUGGGGGUUGAGGGAUGUGGAAAUUCCUGGUGCUGUCACCCCCAGCUGCCUGGGCACCCCCAGCUUGGCUCUGAGCUCCCUCUCUGCCCAGGCAGCCAAAGUAUCCCAAUUAACCCACCCCCAAAAAAAAUUCCCGCGGUACCACGUGCACCCACAGCACGUUUGAAUCCACCAAACCCACCCAAGUGGGACCCUUGGGCAGUUCAGUCCGAGGACCUAAGGGGCAGCUGAGCUUUGGGGAUGACCUGCAGGGGUCACCCCGACCCUCCGCGUUGUACCUGCAUGCAAAGAGCAAAACCGCCCCCGAGACCCCCUGAACCCCCCACCCCAGCAUGAACUGUAGGCACCAAACCGACCAAUAAAGCCCUUCCUAAACUGCACCGAGCGCGUCUGAGGAGCCGCCGCUCGGGGCUGCUCCGAGCACCG